CCGAAACCGGGCCCCCUGUGUUCGGGGCCCUGUAGCAGCGAUAAGCUCCCGCGCUUUUGACUUUUUCUCGCCGUAUCAAAACGCGGCCCGAACCGACGACAUCAACGCCCCCCUCCUCCCCCCCUCCAAUUCCUCACUACCCCCGAACGGCGCAACUCGGCUGCAAAACCCGGGGGCGAGAGGCUGGGCUAACGGCAGGCCAACAUGUUGGACGACAGCUCAUGAGAGUCUCCAGCCGAAUAGACGGGUCGAUAUGCGGCGCGAUCCACUUCCUACAUCGUCCGUCGCUGUCGUCGAACCGGUCUGCCGCCGCCACAUCUCUUCCCGUCUUCACUCAUAGCCCCGGUGGAGGGCCUGUGCAGGACUUCCAUAGCGGCUAUACCCCAAGACGAAGAAGCAUCAGUACAGCGACUCCCCGGUCCAGAUCUUCCCUACCACGACGUCGCCCGCUGUUGACCCUCCCCGCCCUCCGAGUCUCCCAUACCCGCCUUGGUAGCCCUUCCAGGCCCUCCAUACCCGUUUCCAGGGUGAACCAUACCGCUGCUGCCGCCGAACCCCCUUCCGGCGUGGAAUUCGACGACGACGAACCCCCACCGGAAUUCCCCAUUACCCCGCCACCCUCCCCCCAAUCAAGGCCACGACGCAGCUUCUCCAAGAAGGAGUUGCUCGCCCUUGUCGGCCCCUACGAUGGCGAAGAGAUUGGCGCCGUUGAUGACUAUAUCCAGUACCUACGCGACCCAUACAUGCGCGGCUAUGCCCAGCCAGACACACAAAAGUUCACGUUUGCUCGCACCGCCGAGGACUUCGACUACCCAAGUCUCGAGCAGGUGACCGAGGCCGGCGAAGCGGAGCGAACAACCCUCUGGGAGCUCCGCUUCGCCGUGCUCAGCCGCCUCAGGAGUCCUCACAAGGCCGACCUGGACCACAUUUACGAAAUCUACCAGCGCCUUCCCGAGCCGCGCAUGCUCUACAUCCAUGCCCGGUUCCGCCACCAGCUCCUGCGCACUCUCGGCCAACCCGACGAGCGGGACACGGGAUCAAUGCUGCGGUACUUCGAAGUCAUUGCCGACGCCAAGAACACGGGUAUUCCCCUGACGAGUGCCGAGUGGAACUGCGCCAUUGCGUUUGCCAGCAAAUACGUAGGCACCGUGACUGAAACCGAGGUCGAGGCGUCCCUCAAGCUUUGGCGCGAGAUGGAGGUUGAGGCCGGCAUCAAGGCCACCAACGUAACCUUCAAUAUUCUCUUCGACGUCGCCUGCAAGGCCGGCAAUUUCGCCCUGGCCGAGAUGAUCUACCGCGAAAUGGAAUCGCGUGGUCACUUCUACAACCGCUACCAUUACACCAGUCUGAUCCACUUCUUCGGGCUCAAAAACGAGACUAGUGGCAUGCGCGCCGCCUAUCGAGAGAUGGUCAACGCUGGCGAGAUGAUCGACACGGUCGUGCUCAACGCAAUGAUCGGGGGCUUUUUGCGGUCAGGCGAGGAAGGCCCUGCAGAACAGCUCUACGAGCACAUGAAGGCAGCCACGCUGGGUAACGAGACUGACAGCAUUAACAAUAACCUCCCCGUGCGGACAACCCCAUCCGACCGCGCCAUCACCCAGGCCCUCGUCAUGUUCGCCAAGAUCGGCCGGCGCAAGCCCUCCUCCCGGACCGCCCUCCAGGGCAUGACGCUCGUCUCGCCGGACCUGCAGACCUACCGCAUCCUGGUCAACCACUACGGCGUCAAGCGCGGCGACCUGGCCAAGACGGCCGCCUUCAUCGACGAGAUGAAGUUCUUCAAGAUCCCGCUGCACCACGCCAUCUUCCUGGCCCUGUUCAAGGGCUUCGCCCACCACGGCGGCUACGACCGCUCCGCCUGGAGCGAGCGCCGCCUGACGGGCAUCUGGAACGCCCUGCUCGACGCCGUCGACUCGGGCGCCGCGGGGUUCGAGAUCAAGACCUGGCUGGCCGUGUGGGCGCUGCGCGCGUUCGCGCGCUGCUCGAGCAGGGAGAGGAUGCUGGGGGUGUACGAUGCGCUCAAGGCGCGCUGGACCCUGAACGAGACCGAUGAGCAGUUCAUGAUUGAUUUUUUGAGUAACCUUGCUAAUAAAUAGAUGGGCGAGAGGCGGGGCAUAGCCGGGUGGGUUGACACGACCGGCAGGGUUAUAUAUAUGGUGGCCUGGCUGACACGCAUUGGGAAUGACAUCCGGGGUGGGGCAAUUUGUAUAAUACUGCGAAAGUAUCCUCGUAUAUGAUGUACUAUAGAUGACAGCGAGGUAGAUGGGCGCUGUCCCAAUCGAUCUGAUGACAUAAACCGUUGCUUGGACUGCACCUUUUCGGUUGGUUCAUGGCAAUCGCUUUGCCCAC